AUGGAGCCACGUAUGCGCUUCUCCUUUCCCACUCAGAAGAACGGUCGACCGUCUCCCGGAUCUCUCAUCCGUCUCCUCUGCUCUGCUUUUCUGUCACCGCUCUUCGUACUAGCUGCUGUUACAUCGCACCAAUUUUCUACUGCACCCGCAGGCGAGACCGCCGUCCUGUACGCGGUUGUGCUGGAUGCUGGAAGCACGGGAACCGGUGUGUUUGUGUACAAUGUCGUGCAUGAAGAGGACAAGUGCCACGGUGGCCUCGGGAGAGUUACUGUUCAAGUGCCCGCACUUGCAUCUGGAAGUGUUCGUCCCGGAAUCUCUGCAUUUGCAAAGGGGCAAGAAAAUGGGCAUUCACGAGGCCAUGCAGCAUUUCCUGACGAGUUGCUCGAAGAGAAGCAGAGGGAAGCCUUCUUCACACCCGAGGCCCACGACUUGGGUGAACAGCAUGAUAUCCUUCUCGAGCAGCAUCUCAGCCAUCUGAAGAGCGGCAGCCGGACACAAGAGGAAGACGAUGAGGAGAAACAUGCCAACACUCGACUCCCCUCUCUCGUAAACAGCGGACUCUCCGAGCUUGUUGACGCUGAAGAGGGAGUAGAAAUGUAUUUGCAGAGACUGCGAGUGGUCGUCGACAAGAUCGUUCAAACGGAAGAACAGAAACAGAGAACAUUUGUUUUUUUUCGAGGCACAGCGGGAAUGCGCGUGCUGUCGGAGGAUCAGAGAGAGAGCUUGCUUGAGGAGAUAAGGGCCGCCUUGUCUACUUGGGGCUUCCAGCUGCCAGAAGGCAGCAUGGGCGCGACAGUUUUGGAGGGGUCAGAAGAGGGCGUCUUGAGUUGGCUCGCGUUGAAUCAACUUCUAGGCAACUUUGACGGAGACAAUCGUCUUAUCGUCGUCGAGCCUAGACACCUGCUGAGACAAAAGACGAAAUGGAACAGCAAGUCUCCUGCAGAGCGAGAGACAAACGAGGCGCUUAAGGGAGAGAUAGAAGCAGGCUCCAUGGCAGCCGAUGAACGCGAGGGUGGAAAGAAGCCGCAAGAGAAAAAACGAGUGGGGCUGAUCGAAAUGGGAAGCACCUCUGCCCAAGUUGUCAUUCAUAUUCCCUCUGGUUUGCGGCCUUCGAGUGUGUACACACCUCUCGCCUCGAAAGUGGAUCUGGUGCCUGAAGCAAGUGGAAGCACGAGACGAUCCAAGACCUUCUUUCCUCCAAUCCGCAGCCAUUCCGCCGCCAGUUUUCCAGGCUCGCCAGUCCAGGAUUUUGUCGAGGUCGACUUGUGCACCGAACGCCACUUCCUGUACGCCAAGAGCUACUUUGGGUUCGGUCGACAACGCGGUGUCCUAGAGCACAUCCACGAGACAGUUCAGGAUGCGCUGGAAGAGCGCAAAACGGCAAUCCGAGAAGGCCGAGCAGCCCCGCCGACGCGAGAGAAUCCCUUUGAAGUGUCGAUCUCUUGUGUGCCUUCCGAUGUUCGCGUGCACGUCCGACCUUCUCACUUGCUCCAGAAGGCUUCCACCGACAGCGCCGUGCCCCUGUCUCUACACGACGACGGAGAUUGGGGAGGCAACGCUGAGUGGAAAAGAGAGACACUCGACGACGCUCGGCAGAAGGGGAGAAACAAGAUCUUUCACCCCGCGGGUGUUCCCAAGACCGACGAGUCCAGUGAAACCCUCAGCUGGCGCAUGCGCCCAGACAGAGGUGCUGGGCUGAUGAAGAGCAUCGACCGAAUCGCAGUGCAAGGCGCUUCGGACGCAGCCGCGUGCAAGGAGGUGCGGAAGAACAGAGAAUAA